AUGCCUACAACAUUGGCCAACCUUGUAUGUCCUCCCCAUGUUCAUUUAAACACAUCUGCCUUUAUUGUAAAGACCCCCACCCCAGAUUUCAAUGCACAAAGGCCAAAAACAAUCCUCAAUCAAUCAGUGGUCAAUCAACAAAAGCCCAACCCAACAGUCAAAAUAACAAGGCCUUCCCAGCCCAGUAAACCCUUGUCGGCUCAUCCUGAUGAAGAGGCCAAGGUUCAGUAUGAUACCAUCCAUUCAGUUAUAGAAUUAGUCAAAAAGUUUGGAAAAAAAUGCCUGAUGGCAAAAACAGAUAUAGAAGAUGCUUUCCGCAUCAUUCCUAUUCACACUGAAUGCUAUAAAUUUAGUGCCUUGCAGUGGAUUAUGCUUACUAAAUUUGGAGCAGGUGGUAUGUCACAUAUGAUAGAUGAUUUCUUCUUUAUCGGUGCAAAAGGUUCCAAGGAUUGUGAUCGAGAUUUAAAACAGUUUAUUUCCUUGUGUUCAGAAAUUGGUGUACCAAUCAAACAUGAUAAAACUGUUUUACCAUCUACAGUUAUAACAAUCUAUGGCAUAGAGAUAGAUUCAGAAGCUAUGGAAUGUAGAUUACCUAUGGAUAAGGUGGAAAAGAUUCGCAGUCAGUUACAAACCUUUUCAAAAAGGAAGAAAGUAACUCUGACAGAGUUACGAUCAUUACUGGGUUUGCUAAAUUUUGCUUCUUCUGUUAUUUGUCCUGGUAGGGCCUUUUUAAGACGCCUUACGGAUCUUACAAAAGGUACACCUAAGCCUCACUAUUUCAAGGUUAGACUCAACAAGGAAGCAAGGUUAGAUAUCAAAGCUUGGCUUAUGUUCAUUGAAAAUUUCAAUAAUAAGUCUGUCUUCAAAGAAGACAAUUUUGUUUCUUCUGAUCAUUUGAAGUUGUAUACUGAUGCAUCAGGAUCUCAGGGGUUUGCUGGUGUGUUAGGAGCAAAGUGGUUUGCAAGUGAAUGGCCCUCUGAUUUUUGUGAUCUACAAAUUGCUAUCAAAGAAUUAUUCCCAAUUGUACUAGCUUUAGAAGUGUGGGGAGAUAUUCUGGAGAAUAGGAAUGUAUUAUUUCUCACUGAUAAUGCUGCAGUAGCUUGUGUAACAUAUAAACAAUCAUCAAAAGAACCAAUUAUCAUGCGGUUAAUUAGAAGACUAGUUGUCGUAUGCAUGUGCAAGAAUAUUCAUUUCAAAGCACAGCACAUUCCAGGAAAAGUAAACGUAGUUGCUGAUGGUUUAUCUCGGCUUAAAUUUCAGGAGUUACGACGAACAGCUCCUUGGUUGGAUCUCAAAGCAACUCCAAUUCCACCAGAGCUAAUGAACAUUUGA